AUCGUUGAAAAGGGAAAAAAAAAAAACAGAGCACACGGAAGAAAGGUUAAACACUUAAACUACACAGAGAAGAAGAGUAGAAGACCCUCUCGGUGCCGGCUCCAGCAUUUUGCGGCGGUUUUCUCUCCCUCCCUCCUCUCUCAACGCAGUCCACAGAAAAUUUCUGUGUGUAUCUCAAGUAGUGCCCAUAUCACAUGGAAAGCAUGAAUUUUGCGGCAGCGUUGUGCAGAAGAUUGAAUAUCAAGGAACUCGUGACAAAUGUUCCUGUAUAUAGAAGCACUAGUGAUGUUUCUGGAGAAGGUUUGAGUCUUGUGUUCAGGCGUUGGGCUACUAAAAAGACAGCCGGUUCAACAAAGAAUGGACGAGAUUCAAAACCCAAGAACCUUGGAGUGAAAAAAUUUGGUGGGGAGAGGGUGAUACCGGGGAAUAUCAUUGUUCGGCAACGCGGCACUCGCUUUCAUCCGGGGAACUAUGUCGGAAUCGGUAAAGAUCAUACUCUCUUUGCUAUGAAAGAGGGAUGUGUGAAGUUUGAAAGUAACAAACUGACCGGUCGCAAGUGGGUGCAUGUUGAGCCCAAGGAAGGUCAUGUCCUUCACCCUAUGUAUUCAGAUGCUUCUGCCUCCGAACUAAAAGUUGCUGUCUAAGUUUUAAACUACUAACAUUCAUGGUAUGGAACUUUAUGCCUUUUUUUGUGGCAAAAAGCCAUUUUAGUUUAGUUCCUCAGCUUAUGCAACUUCCUAUAUUUUCUACCUAUAUCAUACACAUUCUUGAAAUGAUUGCUGGGUUGGUUUUUCAGUGCAUCUUCUAUGUGCUUGAAGUUUAAAUAAAACAUGGACAUUUGGGGAUUCAA